AUGGGGCUGGCAGAACCCAAGAGACGCAGCAAGAUCUCUCACGAUCCGCGAAAUUUAGCAUGGUCGCAGUCCUCUACCUCCUUCGGCCAACGGAUCAUGAACCGGCAGGGUUGGCAAGAAGGUCAAUCCCUGGGGAACCGAGAAAGUAUCCAUGUUGGGGUCAAUGACGCCGACCGGCUUGCUGCUGCUCGCGUGGGUAUCCUGUUCAAGGACAACAAUCUAGGACUGGGUGCAAAGACAAAGAGUCAAGAUGUUGAAGGUCAGAGGACCGGGCUCGAUGCCUUCCAGGGUCUUCUCGGCAGACUCAACGGAAAGAGCGACGCCGAGCUGAAGAAGCAAGAGCAGAAGAACGAGGAUAGAAAGCUCGCCAUGUACGCGCGAGGCCGGUGGGGCGGUAUGGUGUUCGUGAGAGGAGGAAUCCUCGAGGGAAGCAUCGAAGACAAGGCCACAAAAACCGACACGCAGGAAAAUUCUCACGAUGAGCCCGACCAGACACAGCCGGAACCAAUGUCAGACGCAGACGAGCGCGAAGAGAAGCGGAGGAGGAAGGAAGAAAAGAAACAGAGGAAAGAGGAGAAGAGGAAGCGGAGAGAAGAAAAGGCUUUGCGAAAGGCCGACAAGAAGGCAAAAACGAGAGAGGCAGUGAGAAGUGCAUUGCCUCUUCAUAAGUCACCCCUGACCCAACCACCGGAUGAACCUGUGUCUUCGUCGUCGUCAUCGUCCGAAAACGAAGUCGACGCAACAGCGACGAGUACGGGGGCAUCAAAACCGAGACGAUCGGGUACGGCUCGCGAAGAUCUCGCGGGUUCAAAACCUCAAGCGGCCGAAACGAGAACGAUAAAGAGUGGCAGACAUAUCCUUCGAGGACGAAAUAUCCAAGCGAAGAGGAUGGCUUUCUCGAAUAUGAAGGGAUUGGACGAGAUCUUCAUGAGAUCAACCUGA